AACUCGAGUGUCGGCGCGGGGACUCCUGUGCGCGUGCUUUUUCUGAGUGUAAAAAGACAGGGUGAAAAACGGUGGGCAGAAGAAGAGAGAGGGAGAGAGAGAUGAAGAUGGAGACGAAGGGAAUCAUGGUGGGUCUCCUCUUGCUUCUUGUUUUUGUGGGUUACGGAUUGGCAUGGACUGGAGAAAUCAAUGGCAGAGUCAUGUGUGAUGUGUGCUCCGAUUCAGCUGUUGGACCGGAAGAUCACGCCUUGGAGGGUGCUGAGGUAGCUGUUCUAUGUAUAACAAAAUCUGGGGAGGUCCUAAACUACCAGGCCUUCACAGACGCAAGGGGCAUAUUCACAGUGGCCGAAACGAUGUCAGAGACCAAUCGCUGGGAAUCGUGUUUGGCAAGGCCCAUCAGCAGCUUCCAUGAACACUGUAAUCGAGUGGGGAUGUCCAAAGGAGGAAGGAGAUUCAAAUACAAUCUGCCUUCUGGUUAUUCUCAUACAGUCAGGCCCUUUCUUUACCAGCCUGCAAUUGCCCCUCUCUACUGUUCUUAAAUUGCAUACCAAUGAAAAUAGACACCAUAACUAGAUGCUUCAUUAGCAUAUUGCACUAUCAAAGGACCUGAAAAGUUAGUUACCGUGUCAAAAUGUAAUUAGUACAAAAAAGGGAUUAACGUUAUUAUUGAUGGUGUGAUCCUUCUAUAUAACAUGCAGUAAGAUCAAUGUUCUAGAAGGCAACGUUGUAUUCAUACAUUUCAAUUGCAUAAUUUUCUUUGUCCGUUUUCUUUUUUA